UACACAACACAACGGGGCCGAUGUGUCCUCAAAUGAAUACCUCAACUGUAAACUGAGCUUGUGUUUCAGUCACACUGCAGAUGGCUUCAUUUCCAGACUCGGACCUGCAGACGUGCCCGCUCUGCAAGGAGCUGUGCGGCUGCUCUGCGCCCAUCUCCUCCAGCUCUUCUACCUCUUCAUCGUCCUCGCAUACCUCGUCCUCCUCCAGCCAGACCACCAGGAGGCUUCACGUCCUGCCCUGCCUACAUGCCUUCUGUAGGCAGUGCCUAGAGGGCCAACGUAGUCCAGGGGACCCUCUGAAGCUGAGGUGCCCCACCUGCGACCAGAAGGUGUCCAUCUCCGAGGCCGGGGUGGACUCCUUGCCUUCUUCCAACUUCCUCUUCAGCAACCUGCUGGAUGUGGUGGUGAGCUCUGAGGAGCAGAUCCAGAACAAGAACGGCCACCAUCACCGGGGAGGCUUAGGUGGAGGCUCCUCAGGCUUCCAUCACCCCCAUGGAGGACUCCUGCACCAACACCACCUGGGAGAGCCUCAGUGCAGCUCCUGUGAUGAGGAGAACCCGGCCACCUCCCACUGCCUCGACUGCCAGGAGUAUCUCUGUGACAACUGUGUGCGGGCACACCAGCGGGUGCGGCUGACCAAGGACCACUUCAUUGAGCGCCUGGGAGAGAACCUCCACCUGAGCCGGGUCAACGCCAACAGCAACCAGGGCCAGCCUGGGGUGUCGGUGUCCCUCGCCCAGUCCCUGCAGAACAACUUUGCCCUGCUGUCCCUGUUCCAGGAUCGCAUGAGCUUCUGCCAGCACCACGACAAUGAGGUCUUCCUGUUCUUCUGUGAAACUUGCUCCGUGCCUAUCUGCAGAGAGUGCAGCAUGGGCCGACACAUGGGCCACACCUUCGUUUACCUGCAAGAUGCCGUACAGGACUGCAGGUCCAUCACCAUCCAGCUGCUGGCAGAUGCACAGCAGGGACGGCAGGCCGUGCAGCUAAGCAUGGAGAAGGUGCAGGCCAUGGCCGAGCAGGUGGAGAUCAAGGCGAAGGUGGUGCAGACGGAAGUGAAGGCCCUUGUGCUCAGACACAAGAAAGCGUUGGAGGAGAGGGAGUGUGAACUACUGUGGAAGGUGGAGAAGAUCCGUCAGUUGAAGGCCAAGUCUCUGUACCUGCAGGUGGAGAAACUGCACCAGAGUCUGACCAAGUUGGACAGCACCAUCGCUGCCGUCAGCCAGGUGCUGGAUGAGGGCCGCCACCUAGACGUGCUCCUGGCCAGGGAGCGAAUGCUCACCCAGAUCCAUGAACUCAAGACCCUCAGGGGCCUGCUGCAGCCACAGGAGGACGACCGCUUCAUGUUCACUCCUCCAGACCAGGCUCUGUACAUAGCCAUCCAGUCCAUGGGCCUGAUCAGCAGUGGAGCCUUUGCCCCCGUCACCAAAGCCCAUGGCGAAGGUCUGAAAAGUGCCCUUCGUGGCAAGCCCGCCUCCUUUACUGUGAUUGGAUAUGACCAUGAUGGCGAGCCACGUCUUUCCGGCGGGGACACAGUGUCUGCAGUAGUCAUGUCCGUUGGCGAAGGCGACCUAUCAGCGGCAGAGAUAACGGAUCACCAGAAUGGCUCGUACACCGUCAACUACCUGCCCAAAUGUGAGGGCGAGCACCUUGUGUCAGUGUUGGUGUGCAACCAGCACAUCCAGGGCAGCCCCUUCAAGGUGAUGGUGAAGUCAGGACGGAGCUACGGGUCCCUGGGCUCCCAGGUGUCUUCCUUCGGGUGCGAAGGGGAGGGAGAUGGUCAGCUGUGUCGUCCCUGGGGGAUCAGCGUGGACAAGGAGGGAUAUGUGGUGGUGGCCGAUCGCAGCAACAACCGCAUACAGAUAUUCAAGCCCUGUGGUGCCUUCCACCAUAAGUUUGGCUCUCUGGGUUCUCGGCCUGGUCAGUUUGAUCGUCCAGCUGGGGUUGCAUGUGACAGUCAGAGACGAAUCAUCGUGGCUGAUAAGGACAAUCACCGUGUGCAGGUGUUCACUUUUGAGGGCCAGUUCAUGCUGAAGUUUGGGGAAAAGGGUACCAAGAACGGGCAGUUCAACUAUCCCUGGGAUGUGGCUGUCAACUCUGAGGGUAAGAUCCUGGUCUCUGAUACCAGGAACCACCGCGUGCAACUCUUCGCCCCUGACGGCUCUUUCCUCAACAAGUACGGCUUUGAAGGGGCUCUGUGGAAACACUUUGAUUCUCCCAGAGGAGUGGCCUUUAACCACGAAGACCACCUGGUGGUGACUGACUUUAACAACCACCGGCUCCUGGUCAUUCGGCCGGACUGCCAGUCAGCUCGCUUUUUGGGCUCUGAGGGCACCGGGAACGGGCAGUUUCUGAGGCCCCAGGGCGUCGCCGUGGACCAGGAGAACCGCAUCAUUGUGGCCGACUCCCGCAACCACCGAGUCCAAGUAUUCGAGCCCAACGGAAACUUCUUAUGCAAAUUUGGAACACAGGGGAGCGGCUUCGGACAGAUGGAUCGCCCCUCCGGUGUGGCUGUGACGCCCGAUGGAGUCAUCGUGGUUGUUGACUUUGGAAAUAAUCGCAUCCUCAAGUUCUAAAACUUUAUUUCUUUGCAUUCUCUCCCUCCGUUUGCCCUUUUGCAGUUUUUUUUUUUUUUUUUUCAAUGAAGGAAAUGGAGGAGAGAGAAUGAAUCAGAAAACAGACACAACAGGAGGAGAGCUCUUAGAGGAUUGAGAGCAUGUUGAUGUGAAGGGAAAUUAAAACGAAUUAUUAUUUGUCGUCACAUUAAUAUUCUUCAAAUCUGAUAUCUGUGGUGUGUAUGACAAAGGGGACCUCUACAAAUUGAUAAUCAGUAGAAAAAGAGCCAUUUUUC